UAUCAAUAAAAAAUAUUUUAACUCUUUGUAGUGGGUGUUGCAAGAGGUGAUAACGCAGAGCAUGAAGAAAAUGUAAAAAAAUAUUUCUGCUGUUGGUGCCAAAGGAUCAAAUCUCUAAUAGAUUUUGAGGAAAUAAAAUCAGAGGAAUGUGAUUUUCAGAAAUAUAAACAUUUUAUCAUUCCUCCUACCUCCGUUCAAAUGGAGAAAAAAGUUAUAAAGAACAUAAAACCCUUGUCUGACGAAAACUGGGAACCGCUAAUAGUUAUUGCAAAUCGCAAAUCUGGAAGCAAUAGAGGAGAUGAAGUGCUUUCUCUGUUCAGAGGGCUUCUUAAUCCUAUACAGGUUGUAGAUAUAAGCACCAACACUCCCGAGACGGUAGUGCGAUGGCUUCCACCGAAAUGUCGCAUUCUGGUCUGUGGCGGAGACGGAACCGUGGCUUGGGUUCUCAAUUCCCUGGCAACUGCUGAUAAUGUUAAAGCGUCGGUGGCUAUACUGCCGAUGGGCACCGGUAAUGAUUUAUCUCGCGUGCUGGGCUGGGGACCGGGCUGCCCCUCGCACUUGGACGCACACGCUAUCGCUUCUGGCGUCAAGCAAGCUUCGCAACAAUUACUCGAUAGAUGGAAAAUAACAAUAAAGCCGCAGCGGUCUCGGCUCGGCCGGCUGCGCGCCGACCGUGUGCUCUACGCGUACAAUUACGCGAGCAUCGGUGUCGACGCACAAGUCGCGCUGGACUUCCACCACGCCAGGACACAGUUCCUUUAUAGAUACGCCAGUCGAACUUUGAAUUAUGUGGCGUACGCGUGCCUGGGCGUGGGCGCGCUGGACGCGGGCGUGCGCGCGCUGGAGCGGCGCCUGCGCGUGGGUGGAGCGCGCCGCUGCGCGCUGCCGCCGCUGCAGGCGCUACUGGCGCUCAACAUCGCGUCGUGCGCCGGCGUCGACCUCUGGCGAAUGGGAAACGAGGGAGAAGUCCCAGAACAACAUAUAGACGACGGACGACUGGAGGUAGUUGGCAUUUCGUCAUCAUUCCACAUUGCGCGGCUUCAGUGCGGUUUAGCGGAGCCGUAUCGAUUCGCACAAGCUUCUAGACUUAAGAUUGAACUACAAGGGUCCUGCGCGAUGCAAGUGGAUGGUGAGCCGUGGAUGCAGGGCCCCGCCACAAUAUACCUGGAGCCGUCUGGUCAAAGCACGAUGUUACGCGCAAAAACAUAACAUACCUAUUGCCUGGGUAGUUUAAGUACCUCGAAUGCACUUCGGAAUUAAAAAUAUGCCAUUUUGAUCUUAGUAAAAAAAAAUAAUUUUAAGUUAAGUCAAUGUCCAUUUUGCCAAUUAAUAAAAUUUUAAAUCUCAACUAAUAAAGGUUAACUAUUUCGAAUAUUAAAUUUUAAGGUGAGAUGUUAAAUGGUGAAUUAUGUACUAAACAAAUAAACAUAAUACAACAAA